CAUCGACUUCGCAGCGCACCAAAAUUCGUCGGAAUCUGCGAUUAUACUAUCAUGCCUACUGCUACGAACCCAGAAUCGCGCUCUCCAUCUCCCACACCCGCCCGACCCAUCGCAGAUGCACCUGGCCCGCGCGCGCAAGGACUGAUCAAUGUAUUCAACCAAGCCUCCAAAGCGACCUUAGACAAAUGCUCGGCCAAGAACUUUGCCUCGUGUUUCCCAACGGCUGCGCAGUAUAGUCCAGAGGUAUUGGACAACUUGCGAGGGCAGAUUGUGGAUCAGUUAGACCGAACGUGGAAGAGCAACUUCGAGGACAUCAUGGAGAGGAGGAAUGUUGUUAGACUCCUCAACUCGCUGGACCAGUGCAUAGAAGAUGCGAAACUCAGGAAAAAACGCGCCGAAGCGAGCGCCAAUGGUGGGCCUGUAGAGACGCCUGUGCCACCGCAUACACUUACUCCAGCCGAAAUACACUUGGCGCAUCUUAUGCCUUUCCUCGAAAAGCAAGCGACCGAUAUGAACACGAAGCUCGUCGAGACUCAGCAGUCAAACACCGAACUGCUUUCGACCGUUACCGCACAACGCGCCGAGAUAGAAGCCCUAGUACGAGGCUUAGAGAACGUUAUACAGGAUCUAGAUGCUAGCGCACAGAUCAUGGCUCAAGACGAUGUUCAAGAAUUGAGCAGAGAGACUAGGGAUCUUGAGAUGGAAAUGAGGACGUGACGCUAGAAGGAGGAGCAUACCCUCGAGAUGUUAUAGAUGCUCGCUCCAAACACGUCAACAUCUAUCGCCACACCAACCCACCCGCGCCACGAGCUCAACAACAGCAACAGGCUGCUAGCACCGGGUCCGAGUACCACGCUUAGUUACACGAGCAGGGCUGUCGUCAGAGCCACGCAUGCCUGAACCGUACAGGAGGCAGAUGCUAGCAAACCAAAAUCACAAAUGUCGAGGAGACAAAUGCGCAAGUUGUGGUCCAGAGGACGCAUGGACAGUUGCUGAAAUUGCAAGUCACUGCUAGCGGAAUGCAGUAAACGAACUGAUUGGCUAUGGCGAAGACGAACAGGACAGAAGCAAGGUCUGUCGAUAUUGACAGUAAGAGCUGAAGGCUUGAGAAAGGACGAUAUGAUAACUGUUCUAAAUGACGAGACGUAGAUGGAUCAUUCAACGUAUUCCUGAAAGAAUACAUCAAUAUCAUGAGCAAAAGCA